GGAGAGUCUUGUGUCCUUCAAGGAGGUGGCUGUGUAUUUCUCAGAGGAGGAAUGGUCUCAGCUGGAUUCUGACCAAAAAGCGCUGCAUUCAGAAGUCAUGCUUGAAAACUAUAGGAAUGUGGUCUCUCUGGGUAAUAAUAGGCAGGAGAAUCAAGAUUCCUGUGAACUGUUCCAAGUGAUCAAUGCUAACAAUGGUAUCGAGAAUUUUGGAAUUCAACUGGAAUUCCAAAGCCAUGAAAGAAACCAGUCAAAUAAUUGGAAUCAGGAAAGCUCAUCUUCUACUGAUGCACCGAUGCAAGACUUUCUUCCCCAACAAAAGAAACCAUAUAAAUGCAUGGAGUGUGGAAAGACCUUUGCUCAAAGAGGUCAUCUUAUUACUCAUAAGAAGAUCCACACAGGGGAGAAGCCGUAUACAUGCAUGGAGUGUGGGAAGACGUUUUCUCAAAGUGGUCAUCUUAUUUCCCAUAAGAAGAUCCACACGGGGGAGAAGCCAUUCAAAUGCAUGGAGUGUGGAAAGGCCUUUACUCAGAGCACUGGACUCAGAAGACACAAAAUGAUACACACAGGAGAGAAACCAUAUAAAUGCAUGGAAUGUGGAAAGACUUUUGCUCUGAGCAGUAGACUUACUAUCCACAAAAAGAUCCACACGGGGGAAAAACCAUUUAAAUGCAUGGAGUGUGGAAAGACCUUUGCUCGUAGAGAUAAUCUUAUUUCCCACAAAAUGAUCCACACAGGGGAGAAGCCAUAUAAAUGCAUGCAGUGUGGGAAAACAUUUACUCAUAGCAGAGGACUUACUAUCCACCAAAAGCUGCACACAGGAGAGAAACCAUAUAAAUGCAUGGACUGUGGAAAAACCUUUGCUCUGAGCAGUAGACUCACCAUCCACAAAAAGAUCCACACAGGAGAGAAGCCGUAUAAAUGCAUGGAGUGUGGAAAGACCUUUGCUCUAAGUAGGAGACUCAAUAUCCACAAAAAGAUCCACACCGGAGAAAAGCCGUAUAAAUGCAUGGAGUGUGGAAAAACCUUUGCUCUGAAUAGUAGACUCACUAUCCACAAAAAGAUCCACACAGGGGAGAAGCCAUAUAAAUGCAUGGAGUGUGGAAAGACCUUUGCUCAAAGAGGUAAUCUUAUUUCCCACAAGAUGACCCACAUAGGGGAGAAGCUGUAUAAAUGUGUAGAGUGCGGAAAGAAAUUUGCUCAACGCAGUUACCUUGCUUCCCAUAAAAGAAUCCACACAGUGGAGAAACCAUAUAAAUGCAUUGAGUGUGGAAAGACCUUUGCUCAGCGCAGUUAUCUUGUUUCCCAUAAAAAAAUCCACACAGUGGAAAAGCCAUAUCAGUGCAUGGAAUGUGGAAAGAGUUUUGCUCGAAAUCGUAGUCUGUCUUCUCAUAAAAGGAUCCACACUCAGGAGAAACUAUAUAGUAAUAACAAUUUCACUUAUUGUGCCAUAACAUUACGAAUCCUGGCAACUUUUCACGAAAUCCACCAGGGGGCGACCUCCGCCAAGGGAAGGGAACUCCAGGCAUUUCCUCAUUGGUCCACGGAUAGCGAAGUUCACGCCGCCCUCGGCAUACUGAGGGAAGCGGGACAAGCUGGGAUGCCUCGAAGGCGACGGGGAUCCGGGGAUUCCGUCCCGUGUCCGGGGAGGCGCCCGAAUAGGGGAAGAGGAGGGUCGCGGCCUUGCGGAGGCCCAGCAGGAGAGGAGAGAAGCCGGGCGAGGAGGAGGCAGGAUUCGCACCCAACUCUACGAGGGCCCGAUCCUGUCUCGGGAGCGGGAGAGAAGCGGGGGGUGGCUUCUCUAGCUGCCUCUUUCCCGGCCUUGCUUGGAGGGGAAGGGGACACUGCGUUGGGAGAAGCCGCUGGGGCUCAGGGUAGGUUGGGUGAAGGUUGCUCAGUGGCUGAAUUCCACUUUCUGAUUCUUGGCCUUGGUUUUUCUCUCCAUCCCAGGUACAGAAACUCGAAGCCAUUUGAAAUCUUUGCAAGCCAAAAUUCUCUCUUUGGGGGAACAGAAAAAAGAGGAAUAACUUGCAGGGAUCCGUCCUGCGGCCUCAGAAAUGGUCCUGUGAAGGAAAAGGCAUCUGGAGAUCCACCAGAGUCCUUGGACCCAUUUGGAGUUGCUCUGGAGAAGAGAAAAAGAAUGGAGAGACAACCUUUUAUAAAGGAGGGAAGCAAAAAAGGCCCUUCAGCUGUUCAGCCUGGGAAGGGUGGGGAAAUCUGCACAAGAACUGGGCAGAGGAUCCUGGAGGAGGAAAUAAUCCUCCUUUCAGAAGUUGAGCCCUGCAACUUCAGGAGCCUCCAAUACCUGGAGCCUGAGGGUCCCCGAGGACUUUGCAGCCGGCUCCAUGACUUGUGCAGGCAAUGGCUGAAACCAGAAAAGCACACCAAAGCUCAGAUGCUGGACCUGGUGGUUCUGGAGCAGCUCCUGGCUCUUCUGCCCCCAGAGAUGGAGUGCUGGGUGCGGGAGUGCGGAGCAGAGACAAGCUCCCAGGCGGUGGCCCUGGCUGAAGGCUUCCUCCUGAGCCAGGCGGAGGAGCAGAAGGAGCAGCUCCAGUUGCAGUGCUCCACUGUGGAGAUCAGAGAUCCUGAGGGAAAGAAGAAUCCAUCAAAUCCCCCUCAGGAGCAAUUUUUCAGGAGGAUCCCUUGGGAAGAUCCAAGUCAGGACACCUCAGGAGAAAUACAAAGAAUGAAGUUGUCUGAUUUUUACGAUGGAGCUCAAACAGUGGAUGAACCUCCAAAUCAAGAGAAUCUUGUGUCUUUCGAGGAGGUGGCUGUGUAUUUCUCUGAGGAGGAAUGGUCGCAGCUGGAUCCUGACCAGAAAGCGCUGCAUUUGGAAGUCAUGGUUGAAAACCAUAGGAACGUGGCCUCUCUGGGUAACAACGGGCAGGAGAAUCAAGAUUCCUAUGAACUGGCCCACGUGAUCAGUGCUAAAGAUGAAAUGGAGAAGUUUAGAAUUCAAAUGGAAUUUGAAAGCCAUGAGAGAAACCAGUCAAAUGAUUGGAACCAGGAAAGCUCAUUUUCCACUGGUGCUCCAAUGCAAAACUUUCUUGCCCAACAGUUGAAAACAUAUAACUUCCUUACAUCCCAAAAAGUGAUUGAUACAAAAGAGAAGCCUUAUAAAUGUUUGGAAUGUGGAAAAUGUUUUAGAACAAGCAGGCAUCUUACUUCCCAUGAAAGGAUCCACAUAGGGGAGAAGCUGUAUAAAUGUGUGCGGUGUGGGGAAACCUUUCCUUGUGCCAAUGAACUUACAAUCCAUAAAAGGAGACACAUGGGAGAGAAACCAUAUAAAUGCAUGGAAUGUGGGAAGACCUUUGCUCAGAGUAGUGGACUUAGUUGCCAUAAAAAGAUCCACACAGGAGAGAAACCAUAUAAAUGCAUGGAGUGUGGAAAGGCCUUUGCUCAGAGCAGUGGACUUAGAAGUCACAAAAAGAUCCACUCGGGAGAGAAACCAUUUAAAUGCAUGGAGUGUGGAAACACCUUUGCUCAGAACAAUGGACUUAGAAGCCACAAAAAGAUCCACUCUGGAGAGAAACCAUUUAAAUGCAUAGAGUGUGGAAAGACGUUUACUCGGAGCAAUGGACUUGCUAUCCACAAAAAGAUCCAUACAGGGGAAAAGCCAUAUAAAUGCAUGGAGUGUGGAAAGACCUUUGCUCAAAAACAUCAUCUUUUUUCCCAUAUGAUGAUCUAUACAGGGGAGAAGCCUUAUAAAUGCUUGGAGUGUGGAAAGACCUUUGCUUAUAGUAUUGGACUUACUAUCCACAAAAAUAUCCACACAGGAGAGAAUCCAUCUAAAUGCAUGGAGUGCGGAAAGACCUUUGCUCACAGCAGUGGAUUUAGUUGCCACAAAAAGAUCCACACAGGGGAAAAGCCAUAUAAAUGCAUGCAGCAUGGGAAAACCUUUACUCAUAGUAAUCAACUUACAAUCCACAAAAGGAGACACAUGGGAGAGAAACCAUAUAAAUGCAUGGAGUGUGGGAAAACUCUUCCUUGUAGCUAUGAAUUUACUAUCCACAAAAAGAUCCACACACGAGAGAAACCAUAUAAAUGGAUGGAGUGUGGAAAGACCUUUGCUCAAUGCAGUAAUCUUGUAUCCCAUAAAAGAAUCCAUAGGGGAGAGAAACCAUAUAAAUGCAUGCAGUGUGGGAAAACCUUUACUCGUAGUAAUCAACUUACAAUCCACAAAAGGAGACACAUGAGAGAGAAACCAUAUAAAUGCAUGGAGUGUGGGAAAACCUUUCCUUGUAGCUAUGAAUUUACUAUCCACAAAAAGAUCCACACAGGAGAGAAACCAUAUAAAUGCAUGGAGUGCGGAAAGACCUUUGCUCUGAACAGUAGACUUACUAUCCACAGAAAGAUCCACUUAGGGGAAAAGCCAUUUAAAUGCACCGAGUGUGGAAAGACUUUUGCUCAACGCAGUAAUCUUGUUUCCCAUAUAAGAAUCCACACAGCAGAGAAGCCAUAUAAAUGCAUGGAGUGUGGAAAGACGUUUGCUCACAGCAGUGGACUUAGUUGCCACAAAAAGAUCCACGCGGGAGAAGAACCAUAUAAAUGUCUGGAGUGUGGAAAGACCUUUGCUCAGAGCAGUGGACUUAGUUGCCACAAAAAGAUCCACAUAGGGGAAAAGCCAUAUAAAUGCAUGGAGUGUGGAAAGACCUUUGCUCAAAAACGUCAUCUUUUUUUUCAUAAGAGGAUCCACACAGGGGAGAAGCCAUAUGAAUGCAUGGAGUGUGGAAAGACAUUUACUCAGAGCAGUGGACUUAGAAGCCAUGAAAAGAUCCACACAGGGGAAAAGCCAUUUAAAUGCAUGGAGUGUGGAAAGACCUUCGCUCAAAGAGGUAAUCUUAGUUGCCAUAAAAGAAUCCACACAGGGGAAAAGCCAUAUAAAUGCAUAGAGUGUGGAAAGACCUUUGCUCAAAGACCUAGUUUUAUUUCCCAUAAGAUGAUCCACACAGGGGAGAAGCCGUAUAAAUGCAUGGAGUGUGGAAAGACCUUUGCUCAAAGAAGCCACCUUAUUCGCCAUAAGAUGAUCCACACAGGGGAGAAGCCGUAUAAAUGCAUAGAGUGUGGAAAGACCUUUGCUCAAAGAUAUCAUCUUAAUUCUCAUAAGAUGAGCCACACAGGGGAGAAACCAUAUCGAUGCAUGAAUUGUGGAAAGAGCUUUGCUCAGAAUCGUAGUCUUACUUCUCAUAAAAGGAUCCAUGCUCGAGAGAAACUGUGUAGCAAUAGCAAUUUCAUUCUUUCUGGUUUUUCUGACAGAGAUAAAACAGUGGCUGAAUCUCCAAAUCAAGAGAGUCUUGUGACCUUCGAUGAGGUGGCUGUGUAUUUCUCUGAGGAGGAAUGGUCUCAUCUGGAUCCUGACCAGAAAGCAUUGCAUUCAGAAGUCAUGCUUGAAAACCAUAGGAAUGUGGUCUCUCUGGGUAACAAGGGGCAGGAGAAUCAAGAUUCCUUUGAACUGUUCCAAGUGAUCAAUGCUAAAGAUGGAAUGGAGAAGUUUGGAAUUCGAAUACAAUUAGAAAGCCAUGAGAGAAACCAGUCAAAUAAUUGGAAUCAGGAUAGUUCAUCUUCUACUGAUGCUCUGAUGCAAGGUUUUAUUGCCCAACAAGAUAAACCAUUUAAAUGCAUGGAGUGUGGAAAGAUCUUUGCUCUGAGCAGUAAACUUACUGUCCACACAAGGAUACACACGGGGGAGAAGCCACAUAAAUGCACGGAGUGCGGAAAGACCUUUGCUCAAAGAGGUAAUCUUACUUCCCAUAAGAUGAUUCACACAGGAGAGAAACCAUAUAAAUGCAUUGAGUGUGGAAAGACCUUUGCUAAACACAGUUAUCUUGCUUCUCAUAAAAAGAUCCACACAGGAGAAAAGCCAUAUAAAUGCAUGGAGUGUGGAAAGACCUUUCCUCUGAGCAGUAGACUUACUAUCCACAAAAAGAUCCACAUGGGGGAAAAGCCAUUUAAAUGCUUGGAGUGUGGAAAGACAUUCGUUCGAAAAGAUCAUCUUAUUUCCCAUAAGAUGAUCCACACAGGGGAAAAGCCGUAUAAAUGCAUACAGUGUGGGAAAACCUUUACUCAUAGCAGAGGACUUACUAUUCACAAAAAGCUCCACACAGGAGAGAAACCAUAUAAAUGCAUGGAGUGUGGAAAGACCUUUGUUCUAAGCAGUAGACUCACUAUCCACAAAAAGAUCCACACAGGAGAAAAGCCAUAUAAAUGCAUUGAGUGUGGAAAGACCUUUGCUCUGAGCAGGAGCCUCACUAUCCAUAAAAAGAUCCACACUGGAGAAAAGCCGUAUAAAUGCAUGGAGUGUGGAAAGACCUUUGCUCUGAACAGUAGACUCACCAUCCACAAAAAGAUCCACACAGGGGAGAAGCCGUACAAAUGCAUGGAGUGUGGAAAGACCUUUGCUCAAAGAGGUAAUCUUAUUUCCCAUAAGUUGAUCCACACAGGGGAGAAGCCGUAUGAAUGUACAGAAUGUGGAAAGAAAUUUGCUCAGCGUGGUUAUCUUGCUUCCCAUAAAAGAAUCCAUACAAUUGAAAAACCAUAUGAAUGCAUGAAUUGUGGAAAGACCUUUGCUCAGCGCAGUUACCUUGUUUCCCAUAAAAAAAUCCACACAGUGGAGAAGCCAUAUAAAUGCAUGGAAUGUGGAAAGAGCUUUGCUCAGAAUCGUAGUCUUACUUCUCAUAAAAGGAUCCACACUCAGGAGAAACUAUAUUGUAAUAACAAUUUCACUUAGACUUAUAUAUAACUCCACAAUGCUUUCCGGCAGUCUUAAGAGAUUUAGAAAGUUAGCAUAUUGUCCCCAGCAAUCUGGCUCCUCAUUUUACCGACCUCAAAAAUAUGAAAGGCUAAAUCAACCAUGAGCCAGUCACAAAGAGGAAAGGGUCAAAUGUUUUUCCAAAGCCCCAAUGGGCAAGAUAAGAAACAACGGAUGGAAACUAAUCAAGGAGUGAAGCAACCUGCAAUUUCCUUACAGUGAAGGACAAUUAACCAGUGGAAAAGCUUACCUUUAGACAUUGUGGGUGGUUCAUCACUGGACAUUUUUAAGAAGAGACUGUACAGUCACUUGUCUGAAAUGAUGUAGGAUCUGCUUGAGCUGGACUAGAAGAGCUCCAAGCUCUGUUCCAGGUAUAUUCUGAUUUUGAUUCUGAAUUCUCAAUCCUUUUUUUUUUUUGCUAAGUAGGAAGCUUUUAAGUGAACAUGAGCAUUAGUGGAGUUUAAGGUUAUCACUUGGCCUGGAAGUGAUGUGUGGCUGCCAGUAUUUAAGUGGUGGAGAUUCCUUAAUCAUUUCAAGAAACUCCCUCUGAUGAAUAUAUCCACUAGAGCAGAGUUGCAGGCAGAAAUGCAAUUAGUCUUAAAUCCCUUACUAUUGUUUCAGCUUUUCUUAACUUUUCUUACUAUUGCCACAAUCUGCCUUUACACCCUGCUUUACAUUAUGUAAUGCAAGUAAUAACUGAGAAAGAAAACCAUAAGGACAACGGGGUUGUAGUGAUGCUGAAUGAAAGAAUGCAACUCAUAGGCUCUUUGUCCUAACUUUGUGGUGAUUUUCCCUUGCCUUCCCUCAUCUUGCCCACCUCUGGACUCACACAGUCUUAUCAAUAAUGUUUUUUAAGUCAACAGAAGUCAACAGUAUUCUCCAGAAGUCAACAGUAUUCCAAAUGGUGUUUCACUAAAGCCCUAUGUAAGGGAUAGGACCUCCUUUUUUGCUAAUGGUGAUACAUCUGGUGAUACCUCUCAGAAUUUUGUUUGCCUUCACAGCUGCCUGGCCACACUGUUUACUUAUUUUGCAGUUAUAAUUUUUUCAGUGCCAUGACAACUUUUUUCACAUAAUUGUGUAAAAAAAUCACUACUUGAACUCAUUUAUUCAAAUGCAGAAUAGUUGUAGCAUUGUGUCUGUUCUGAGCUUCAUCCACACAGGGAGUGUUAAAACAAGUAGUGUCAAUUCUCAAAAUGACUCUGCCUGAAUUCAUAUUUUUCUUGCUUCUUUUCUUAGUUGCCAUACUUAUUGAGAAGGGGGGAUUUCUGGACUAUAGAAUGUUUUCUCCAAUG